CAGUGUUUUCUCGAACAAACGUUCCCAGUCGGCGUUAUUUUGAGGGAGGGCCGGUGGAAGUUCCUUCGAUUGGCGCCCUGUUAACAAUCAGCCUUAUACUUUUCGGCUUCACCGUGGAAAAUACAAUGGCUGUUCCAGGUCCUAAUAAGGACAACAUCAGAGCCGGGUGCAAGAAAUGUGGAUAUCCGGGCCACUUAACGUUUGAGUGCAGAAACUUUGUCAGAGUUGAUCCACAGAAAGACAUUGUUCUGGAUGUAAGCAGCACCAGCACUGAGGAGAGUGAAGACGACAUACCUGCAGCUCAGCGCAAUGAGAAGCUGGGGCGAAGUGGCCAGCAUCGUAGAGGUUCCCACGAUGAUGACACAAAGGAGAGACGCAAACUGAAGAAGAGCAGGGACAGAAAAUCAAGAAAGAGAUCUGUUUCGUCGUCAGGUGACGAGGAGACCACUAAGAAGAAAAAGAAACGCAGCAGGUCCCAGUCCUCGUCAGAUAGAGAGGAGAGGAAGAAGAAAAAGAAACUGAAAAGCCACAAGAAGAAAAGCAAAAAGAACAAAAAAGAGCAUGGGAAGCAUCACAAGAAGAGACACAAGAACAGAAAACAUGAAUCAUCAUCUUCUUCCAGCUCCAGCGACUCAUCAGACGGUGAAACACCUUAACAGUGCAGUGUUGGCCUACAUAUUAGGUCCUACAUAUUUAAUGGAUGCUUGCAUGUCCCUUCUCUUUUAAGUUCUAUGAAAAACAUUUUAAAAGGUCAAAUAUGGAUGGAAAACAUGAUUCCACUGGGGAUAAUAGCUAAAGAUGACAAUGACAAAUAGUUGUAGCUGACAUUUUCUGAUUUAACCACCCAUACUUUGUUGGAAACCAUCUGGACCUUUCAAGUGUUUAUUCCAAAACAUUUACAUGUCACAGUCUUGGGAACUGAGCCUCAUUAUACAUCUUGUUAAUUUCCUAUUCAUUGUUUGCCUGUUUUGGUCUCUCCCCAAUAAAUGUUCUUUUAUUUUAAUAAAUAUAUAUUUGUAUCAAA